UAGAACCCAGAUGGGCUCUGAGACCAAGCCCAGCUCUAGAACCCAGAUGGGCUCUGAGACCAAGCCCAGCUCGAGAACCCAGAUGGGCUCUGAGACUGAGCCCAGCAUAGAGACCAAGCCCUGUUCUAGAACUCAGGCCACCUCUGAGGCCAAACCCAGCUCUAGAACCCAGAUGGGCUCCGAGACUAAGCUCAGCUCUAGAACUCAGAUGAACUCUGAGACCGAGCCCAGUAUUGAGACCAAGCCCUGUUCUAGAGCCCAGGCCAGCCCUGAGGCCAAGCUCAGCUCUAGAACCCAGAUGGGUUCUGAGACUAUGCGCAGCUCUAGAACCCAGAUGGGCUCUGAGAAUGAGCCCAGCAUUGAGACCAAGCCCUGUUCUAGAACUCAGGCCAGCUCUGAGACCAAGCCCAACCCUAGAACCCAGAUGAUCUCUGAGUCCAGGCCCAGCAUAGAGACCAAGCCCUGUUCUAGAACUCAGGCCACCUCUGAGGCCAAGCCCAGCUCUAGAACCCAGAUGGGUUCUGAGACUAAGCUCAGCUCUAGAACUCAGAUGAACUCUGAGACCAAGCCUAGUAUUGAGACUAAGUCCUGUUUUAGAGCCCAGGCCAGCUCUGAGACCAAGCCCAGUUCUAGAAACCAGAUGAGCUUUGAGACCAAGCCCAGCUCUAGAACCCAGAUAAGUUCAGAGACCAAGCCCAGCAUUGAGACCAAGCCCUGUUCUAGAACUCAGGCCACCUCUGAGGCCAAGCCCUGUUCUAGAACUCAGGUCAGCUCUGAGACCAAGCCCAGCUCUAGAAACCAGAUGAGCUCUGAGACCAAGCCCAGCUCUAGAACCCAGAUAAGUUCUGAGACCAAGCCCAGCAUUGAGACCAAGCCCUGUUCUAGAACUCAGGCCAGCCCUGAGACCAAGCCCAGCUCUAGAACCCCGAUAAGCUCUGAGACCAAGCCCAGCAUUGAGACCAAGCCCUGUUCUAGAACUCAGGCCACCUCUGAGGCCAAGCCCAGCUCUAGAACCCAGAUGAGAUCUGAGACCAAGCCCUGCUCUGAAGCCCAGGCCAGCUCUGAGAUGAAGCUCAUCUCUAGAAUCCAGCUGAGCCCUGACAACAAGCCAAGCUCUGGAACCCAGACAAAUUUUAAGACCCAGACCAGCUUGGAGACCAAUCCCAGUUCCAGAAUCCAGGCUAGUUCGGAGACCAAGCCCUGCUGGAAAACUCGAGCUGACUCUGGAACUCUGGACAGCUCCACAAUGCAGCCACACCUGGACACUCGGUCUAGCUCCAGAACCCCAGUUAAUUUUGGAACCCAUGUGAGAUUCAUGAAGCAACCCAGCUCUGGAACUCCAGCCAGCUCAGGAUUCAGAGACAGCUCCCAAACCAAAUCCUAUUCAAGAACUCAGACCAGCUCAGAAACCCAGGUCCACACAACUGCCCAGUCCAGAUCCCAAGCCCAGUUGCAUCCAAGUACCCAUCCCCACCCUGCAGCCCAGUCCAGCGCCAGUGACGAUUCCAGCUCUGAGACUGAGCCCAGCUCUAGAACCUCACCUAGUGCUACAACCAGGCCCAACUGCAGGAUUCAGACCAGCUCUGGAACCCCAUCCAUCUUGGAAGCAAGGCCCAGCUCCAGCACACAGCUUGGUGCCAAGCCCCACUCUCCCUGCAGAAUGCAGGUCAGCUCUAGAAUGCAGACCAAUUUCAAGGCCUGGCCAAGCUCCACAGCUCAAUCCAGCCCAGGCACUGCACUCAACUCUAGAACUCAGCUCAGUUCUGGAGCACAGGCUGGUUCUGAAAUCCCAGCCAGCUCCAAAACACAGACAGUGGCUGAGACCCAGCCAAGUUCCAGAAUCCAACUAAGCUCAGGAGUCCUACCUAGUCCUGGGACCCAGGCCAUCGCAGCAACAGAGUUAAGCUCCACAGCCCCGUCUAGUUCUGACAGCAGGCCCAACUCCAAGACCCAGCGCUGCCCAGGAGCUCGACCAGCCUCUGGGACUCAAUUCGCCUCUAAAACCCUGCCAGGUUCUAGGUACCAGCUCCAGACCACAGCCUCAGAGAGCUCUGGUAUUCAACUAGACUUUGGGAAGCAGACCAGCUCUGGAAGUCAGCCUAGCUUUGGAACGCAGCCCAGCUCUGGGACCCAGAUAAGCUCAAGAAUUCAAGCCAGCUGUGGAAGUCAGCUUAGUUCUGGAACGCAGCUGAUUACUGGAGCCCAUCCCAGCUUCAGAACUCAGACCGGUUCCGGAAACCAGCUCAGCUCUGGGACCCAGGCCCGUGCAAGAAUUCAGCUCAGCCUCGGAGCUCAUCUUAGCUCCAGAACCCAGUCCAGUCCUGAGACCGGGCUCAGCUCUGCGGCUCAGCCCAGCUCUGGAACCCAGCCCAGCUCUGGAACCCAGCUCAGCUCUGGGAUUCCGUUCGGCUCUGAAACCCAGACUGGCUCAAGAAUUCAGCCCGACUCCGGAGUCCGCCUUAGCUCCAGAACCCAGUCCAGCUCUGAGACUGGGCUCAGCUCUGAAACCCAGACUGGCUCAAGAAUUCAGCCCAGCCCUGGAGCCCACCUUAGUUCUGGAACCCAGACUGUUUCUGGAACCCAGUCCAGUUCCAGAACUCACAUCAGUUCAAGAAUCUGGCUGAGCCCUAGAAAUGGGCUCUCCCCACAGACCACUGGCCUUGACCCUAGAAUCCAGCUUGAGGGCCCUGCCGCAACCCAACCUCAGCCCGCAGGCCCACCCCCCAGAGACCCCACCCCAGCCCCUAGCAAAGACCCCCAGCCUCUGCCUCAGCCCCAAGAGCAGGUACGUGGCACCCAGGCCAGCCUUGGCCCCAUCCCAGGCUUAUCCCUCGCCUCCUACCCGGCCCCUCAGCCGCAGGUCUCCUCAACCCCCGAGAAGCCAGCCGUCUCUCCCAAGCCCCAGGUGGGACCCCAGAAAUCCACCCCACCCACCAUAUCUGUCACUCUUAGUCCUGCCCCCAGAGGCCUCCUGAGUUCCCAGCUGUCUGAGUCCCCAGCUCUGGCGCCUGCCCCUUCCCCAACUCUGGAGAAGCCAGAGCCCCACCCUUACCGCGGGGGAUCGUAGCUUGGCUGUGACCUAGCCUUGGCUCAUGUGGUUCUCACCCUCUCCUGUCCCUCCCAGCCUGGGCCCCCCAGAAGCAGCAAGUGACCUUAUUUCCCCAGCAGGCGGUGGUGGCGGGGUGUGUGGUGGUGAAAACAGGGGCUUCGGUUUCACCGGCCCUGGCUCAGAUCCAGGUCCUUGGAGGGAAAAGGAGGGCAGGAGAUGGGUUGCACCGCAUGUACCCUGAGGGUUCAUGGUGAAUAAAGGCACCUUCCAUCUCUGCA